GCUGCAGCGGAGUGAGGAGGAGCAGGAGUAUCCCACAAUGCCCUUGUCGGGGCCGGAGAUGGAUGCUGCCUGCUGCAGCUCGUGAGCUUAUGUUGAGCUGACGAUUGUUGUUCCUGCCGCAGCUUGUGCUGCCAUUUCCAGACGGUCAUCUCCGACGAGCCGUUCGCGAUCACCGUCUCGUGCUUGACGGUGCGGCGAACACAGAUCCCCGCCGCUUUGGGUUCCUUCAACAAACGCGACCAUAAAAAGGACGGACACUGUCAUCCAGCGAUACCCACCGUAGACCGUCUCUGUCUCCCAGAGUAGCCGGGGAGAGGGGGUCCAGCGCCAGCCGCAGCAUGAGCAUGGACCCCCUGGCCAAGCCCUGCCCGUCCCAGGCGGAGCACACCCCCGGGACCUUCAGCGGCCGGCUGACGGCGCUGGAAGCUGCCGGGGAGGACAGCGAGUCCGGCUGCGGCGAAGAGGAGGCCAUGGGGGGCAGCGAUACGUUCACUAGCCUCGUCGAGAUGGAGGUGGAGACGCUGGAGGAGAAAUUAAAGGGUCUGGCUUUUAGGAAACAGACUUCGUAUAGGAAAGCCAUCUCGCGGUCGGGUCUCCAGCACUUGGCCCCGGUCCACAAACCCAUGCCCCUCAUCACUAACGGACCGUCCAAGGAGAUACGCACGUCCGUUGACUGGACAGAGACUGCUGGGAACGGAGACCACCUGUGGCUGGAGACCAGUUGUUCUGGAGAGCUGUGCUACCUUGGAGAAGACACCUGUGUACUGAAGACUGCAAAGUCUGCCCCCAGGAGGAAGUGCGGAGCAUGUAAGAUCGUGGUCCACACUGCCUGCAUCGAGCAGCUCGACAAGAUUAACUUCCGCUGUAAACCAACGUUUAGAGAAGGAGGCUCUCGCUGCCUCAGAGAUAAUAUGUUGAGGCAUCACUGGGUGCACCGGCGCCGCCAAGAGGGGAAAUGCAGACAGUGUGGAAAGAGCUUCCAGCAGAAGUUCUUCCACAGUAAAGAGAUUGUGGCCAUCAGCUGCUCCUGGUGCAAACAAGCUUUCCAUAACAAGGUGACGUGUUUCCAGCUACAUCAGAUUGAGGAGCCCUGUUCUCUGGGGGCUCACGCCGGGGUCAUCGUCCCCCCCUCCUGGAUCAUCAAAGUCAGGAAGCCACAGAGCUCAUUCAAAAACUCUACAAGGAGGAAAAAACGCACAUCAUUCAAAAGAAGGACCAGUAAGAGAGGAACUGACGAGUCAAAGUGGCGCCCGUUCAUGCUGAAGCCCCUUCCCUCCCCUCUGAUGAAACCUGUUCUAGUCUUUGUCAACCCCAAGAGUGGAGGCAACCAGGGUACUAAGGUGUUACAGAUGUUUAUGUGGAUCCUGAACCCUCGCCAGGUGUUUGAUCUCUCCCAGGGAGGGCUCAGAGAGGCGUUGGAGUUAUACAGGAAAGUGCCAAACCUGCGUAUCCUGGCCUGUGGAGGGGACGGGACGGUGGGGUGGAUCCUGUCUGCUCUGGAUGAGUUAGGAAUGACCCCCCAUCCGCCUGUAGCUGUACUUCCUCUGGGGACAGGAAAUGAUCUCGCCAGGACUCUCAACUGGGGAGGGGGUUAUACAGACGAGCCGGUGUCCAAGGUACUGUGUCAGGUGGAGGAUGGCUCUGUGGUGCAGCUAGACAGAUGGAACCUUCAGGUGGAGAGAAGCCCCGCCCAGCCGGAGGAGGGCACACAGAAGCUCCCACUGAACGUGUUCAACAACUACUUCAGCCUGGGCUUCGACGCCAACGUCACACUGGAGUUCCACGAAUCCAGAGAGGCCAACCCUGAGAAGUUCAACAGUCGCUUUCGCAACAAGAUGUUCUAUGCAGGGGCUGCGUUCUCCGACUUCCUCCAGAGGAGCUCCAGGGAUUUGUCUAAACACGUUAGAGUGGUGUGUGACGGGACGGAUCUCACUGCUAAGAUCCAGGAGCAGAAGUUCCAGUGCAUCGUCUUCUUAAACAUCCCCAGGUACUGUGCGGGCACCAUGCCGUGGGGAACAGGAGACCACCGGGACUUUGAGCCUCAGCGCCAUGACGACGGCUGUAUUGAAGUCAUCGGCUUCACCAUGUCCUCCCUUGCGGCACUGCAGGUAGGAGGUCAUGGUGAGAGGCUGCACCAGUGUAGAGAGGUGACUCUGACCACCUUUAAGACCAUCGCUGUACAGGUGGAUGGAGAGCCGUGUCGCUUGGCCCCCUCAACCCUCCGGAUCUCCCUACGCAACCAGGCCAACAUGGUACAGAAGAGCAAGAGACGCACCUCAGUACCCCUGCUCAAUGAUAUUCAGAAAGUGUGUGCAGCAGACCUGCGCCGCCUUUCUGCUCCCCCUGACUCCUUCUCUGUCCCCCAUGCUGUCCCCGAGCGCCUCCGCCUCAGAGUCAACCGGAUCAGUCUGCAGGACCACGACAGGCUACAGUUCGACAAGGAACGACUCCGAGACAUCUCGAUCGCCGUGGGGAUUGUGGUGGUGAGAGGGGACUGUGACCUGGAGACCUGCAGACUCUACAUAGACAGGCUACAGGAGGAUCUUCAUCAGGCUCCAUCUGCUGGCCACCGAGUGCAUUACCAGGAUGAGUGUCGAGUUCUACCGCGACCUGGCUCCGCCCACAGGCUGUCCCCCAACUGGAGCUUCCUGGACUCUACGUCCACAGACCGUUUCUACCGCAUAGACAAGGCCCAGGAGCACCUGCACUAUGUGACGGAAAUCUGCCAGGAAGAGGUGUUUAUCCUGGACCACGAUGGACUUGCGGGGGCACCGGCCACAGGCAUGCCUGACCUGGUGGUGGAGCCCAACUCUGGGAGCCCUCUGACGUCUGAGGAACAAGCACUGCUGACGGCUGCCUCCUCUGGGGACCUGACUACGUUGUCGGGCAGCUUCUUUCGCGGGACCAGCCUCCUGGUGAGGGAUUCUACUGGUUGUAGUGCACUACACCUGGCCUCUCAGCACGGACACACUGAAGUGGUCCGCUUCAUACUGGAGCACGGGUCAAAGGUGCUCCUGGAUUUAACCAACAGAGAAACAGGAGAUACUGCCUUGCACAAAGCGGCCUCUCGGAAGCAUCACGCUGUGUGUCGUCUUCUCAUGGACUCCGGAGCUUCCCUCAUCAAGACCAACUUCAAGGGUAAGACCCCAGUAGAGCAAGCUUGUGAUGCGGGGGACCAAGAGCUGGCCUCCUACCUGACCAGCAAACAGCUCCCUACCACUGUCUCCCACGAAGAUCUAGAGACUGCUGUAUGAGAGAAGAGAAGAGAAGAGAAGAGAAGAGAAGACAAGAGAAGACAAGAGAAGACAAGAGAAGACAAGAGAAGACAAGAGAAGACAAGACAAGACAAGACAAGACAAGACAAGACAGAGAAGACUUCACAUGGAGAGAGGGGAGGACAGAGAGAAGAGGAUGAGAGAUGGAGGAGAGAGGUAAGCCCCCUUCACCUCCAUAGAUUGACUGAGGGAUGGACAGACAGCAGCAGCCUGAUGCGCUUUAGACUCUGUUCUAUCCUGCACAGGAAAAUGUUUCAUCGAAAUUAUUGUUUAUUAUUGCUUUUAUUUAUUUAUUGAUUGAUUGUAAACGUAUGGGAGUGUUGGGGUAUGGAGUUGCCUGUUGUUCACUGAAUGCCACGGUCUGGGCUAGGUUAGGGUUCAGGGGGUUAGGGGUCAGGGAUCAGAGGUGAGGGUUCGCAGACACACAGACCCUCUCUCAGUGCGGCCCUGCAGCCUUACAUACUGUACCAACGCGGUUCAACCACGGUUAAACCGCGUACAUAGUUUCAAUGUAUGUAUUUCCCAGAAGGCCUUUGUGAAUCAUUCAGACGUGUGCCAACGACACGCAGCACUGUGAGGCAGGGACAGCACCCCGCACCCUCCAUACUACUACCACUGCUACAUUAGGAUACCACUACUGCUAUCCCAACAACACUGCUCGGCUUGUAGACAACCAAUUCUAAGCCUCCACAACCCCCCCCCCUGGUGGCCAGUAUGGGACUGAGAUGAGUGGACAGACAGCUAGGCAGACAAAGAAAAGAGACGGACUGAUUCUUCAUUCAGCCCCGGGGACCCAUUACACACCUGACCUAGAGCUCUACCCGAGCAGCAUGUACAUACCUACAGAAUGUGUGUGUGUGUGUGUGUGUGUGUGUUUGUGUGUUCAGUUCUUUUAGACUUGCGUGUGCGUGCAUAUGCGUGUUUGUGUGAUGCAGAGACAGAGGGGGAGUGUGUGUGUGUGUGUGUGUGUGUGUGUGUGUGUGUGUGUGUGUGUGUGUGUGUGUGUGUGUGUGUGUGUGUGUGUGUGUGUGUGUGUGUGUGUGUGUGUGUGUGUGUGUUCAGUUCUUUUAGACUUGCGUGUGCGUGCAUAUGCGUGUUUGUGUGAUGCAGAGACAGAGGGGGAGUGUGUGUGUGUGUGUGUGUUUGUGUGUUCAGUUCUUUUAGACUUGCGUGUGCGUGCAUAUGCGUGUUUGUGUGAUGCAGAGACAGAGGGGAGUGUGUGUAUGUUUGUGUGAUGCAGAGACAGAGGGGGAGUGUGUGUGUGUGUUUGUGUGUUCAGUUCUUUUAGACUUGCGUGUGCGUGCAUAUGCGUGUUUGUGUGAUGCAGAGACAGAGGGGGUGUGUGUGUGUGUGUGUGUGUGUGUGUGUGUGGGGGGGGCUGCU